AUUUUCGAUGGGUUGCUAUUGCCCCAUGUCAGUGACUCGAAAGUUUAUCGUCCGUUUAUCAAAUUCUCAGUUUCCUUGGAAACGCCAAAUAGGUAGGAGAACAUUUACGUUUCAAGCUCUUUGGUGUCUUCAGGGAGUCUCUUCCAUCACAACCAGACUGUCUGUUAGGGAAUGUUAUUUUCCAAACGCAGCUGGCCUUCUUCACGACCUGCAUCACGGGCAGAGACAAGAUAACCGACAACUUUGUCAAACUGCCAUCAUAACCUCAUAAUUUGGAUUUACCGGUCAACACUGGAUGUUUCUAGUUUCAGCGUUGUUGUUUUUUUUAUCAUGCAAACACAAGCGUUCUAACUCUAGUAGCCUACUAAACGGAUUGUCUUUCCCCCAUUACCUCUAGUAAUCAUUUAUGUCGUUUUAUUUGGACUUUAUGUUAUUAUGACCGUAGAAGAUGGAGAGGCGGGUCCAGUUUGCCAACAGACAGUGGGUGAACCACGGGGAGGCGCUGAUACCGAAGGACACAGUCAGUCCGCGGAGACGAUCCAGGAGAAUACAGGACAUGCCAGUCACAAUUCUCAAGGUAUUGUUAUCAGACGGACGCAUAGCCAAAACAAUGUGGCCAAGAAUGGCAAGGAGGGCACGUCUGAUGAAAAAAGGACGACCUGGGAAGAGAGGAAACAAACGAUGCACUCAAACUGCAGCAGUGAGUGUAGCAUCCUAGCUCCAAGUUGCCGAAUAUGCUUCCAGGGUGCAGAUCAGGGGGACCUUCUGAAUCCCUGCCGCUGUGAUGGUUCGGUCCGCUACACUCACCAGCAAUGCUUGUUCAAGUGGAUCAGCGAGAGAGGCUGUUGGACCUGUGAACUGUGUUCUUACCGCUUUGAUGUCAUCGCCAUCCAUAUGAAGAGACCAGGACAGUGGCAGGCCAUCACUAUCACACUGGUGGAGAAGGUCCAGAUCAUUGCUGUGUUCCUGGGCUCUCUGUUCCUGGUGGCCAGUAUCUCCUGGCUGCUGUGGUCAGGCCUCAGUCCUCAGGCCGCGUGGCAGCGCAGGGACGUCCUUUUCCAGAUCUGCUAUGCCAUGUACGCUGUCAUGGAUCUCGUCUGUAUCGGUCUGAUUGUCCACGAGGGCCCAGCGGUGCACAAUGUCCUCAUGCGCUGGCGAGCGGUCAACCUCCACUGGGACGUCCAGAACUACGACAAGGCAGCAGACAUGGAGGAGGCUGCUAGGGCAGAGACCGCAUUGGUACACAGAACACUCCGGCUUCCCCUAGCUAUCAUGGGGUCUGUAGGGCCUUUGCAACCCAUUACCCAGCUAGGACCCCCACAGCUGUGGGCUUUUCUCUGUCUCCCCCCCUUGACCCUCUGCUGCCCUCCUCUGGCUUCCCGACGCACUCUCAGCCAGGACAGGGACUCUGAGGUGGUCGUUAGGAUAACAUCUGUGUGAGGGUGUUGACACCCUUCCAUCUUCCCAGACAUACUCCCAUGAGGCAAUGUUGCAUGCUGGGGCAAAGGGACGGUUUACGUAUGGCUUGAACAAGCAUUGCUGGACAUGGGUCAUUUGACUGUGUGUGCCUUUGGUGACGGAUUGAGUUGUGUCAAUCUAAGUCAAGAUCACAAUUUAGAAGCUGUUUUGUCAGGUAUCUAUUUCUGUUAAAUGGAUAUGAUGUAAAUCAAGAUAAAUGACUAAACAAGACAUGAUGAGUAGCUAUCUGGUUACAGAAGCUUUACCAGAUGAAUUUAUACCAGAGAUGAUAAAGAACCCAGGUGCAUCACUCCUGACUGAGUUACAUUCAGGGGUGUUGCUUAGCAGACUAGACGAGGCUGUUCAAACAUUAAUGGUUGCUGGAUUUGGCCAUAUACUGUAUGCUUCAUUGUAAAUAAAUAUUGCACAGUACUUGUUUGAUUUGUAAAAUGUCAAGCCUAGGUGGUUGUGUGCAUUUUGAGGCAAAACAGUUAGAAAUAAAAACAGACAAUUUGGAGAGAGAUCAGGUCUGGUAUUUCACAAUAGAGCCUCAUAGACAUUCAAAGUCAAAUGUCAAACGUGUGAAUAAGGACCUGUCAAAGAUGACCUAAAAUGUGACACCUCUUGCAAACACACAAAAAUGUAUACUGCUCUUGAUGUUCUACAUUGAUACUGUAAAGAAGACCUCCAUCUUAGAGCAAAGUUCCCAGUAGUGUGCUGUUUACUGUCGCAUUAAAUUAUUUUCAGUUGUACUUUAUAACUGCACCAUUUGUUUGUAUUUGCUUUGAAUAAAAGUGUCUGCUAAAUUAAAUAUGAACGUCAAAAUGUACAUACCUGUGAAAAUGAACCCUCAUCUAAUGGACAGUGCAAUACACAGAAAUGAGUCAACUCUCUAAUGACACCUGUUAUGACAUUAAGCCAUUUUGGUGACUGGAUACAAUCCCCGAUGAAGGGAUGACAUGGAAGUCUUAUGUCCUUUUAUGGACAAAGAUGGCUCAGGAAUCAAUACAUCACUGACCAGUGGGCGUGUGCUCUCAUAGCGCCACCUGGUGGACUUUAGGAAAGGCAGUUUAGGCCGCUGAUACAUACCAAC